AUGCGAAACGAUAUAAUCAGCGAACUUCCAGAUUCUUUGAUAACUCAGAUUCUUUUAUGGCUUCCAACCAAAGAUUCAGUUAAGACAAGUGUUUAUCGACCAGAUGGAGAAAUCUUUGGCUUGAAGUUCCAGGAGUGGAUCGCCGCAGCGGUUGAUCGCGGGAUUCAACAUUUAGAUUUCGAGACCAAAAAUCCUUCUCUCUUUCUCAAAGAUUCCAUGCCUAUGAACAUUUAUAAGAGUAAGACAUUGGUGUCUUUAAAGCUUGUAUGCGUAGAGCUUGAGAAUCCAAAGUUUGUUGUUUCUCUACCUUGUCUCAAGAUCAUGCAUCUAGAAAAUAAUUGGUACGGUUAUGAUGCUCCUUUGGUUGUGGAGAAACUCAUCGCAGGGUGUCUUGUUCUUGAAGAUCUUACCGUGGUAAGGAUUCAUGAUAUGGUAAUACCAGAUCUGCCUCUUCUACAUGUGAAGUCUCUGACACUGAAGAUCUUACGUUUAGUGUUUGAUUUGGAGAUGAUGACUACUAUACCUAUUUCGGUGGAGAUUGAUGCUCCAAAACUAGAGUAUAUGAGUUUUAUAAAUAGGCACUCUGAUACAAUCAUGGUAAAGAAUCUGAGUUCAUUGUUCAAGUUAAAUCUUGAUACUGAAUUUGGCUACAGUUCCUUGGAACCGAGAGAUAUUAUCCGUGACGUUCUCACUGGUAUAUCGAGUGUAAGACAGAUGAUCAUCUCUCAACGUACUCUAGAGGUCAUAUGUCGUUAUUCAAAACUCGGGCCUAUUCCCAAAUUCCAUCACCUAUCUCAUUUGAAGGCUGCAUUCUCCAGCACAUCAUUACAACUAUUGCCCGCCUUUCUUGAGAGCUGCCCAAACCUGAAAAAACUCAUCUUGGACUUAUAUGUUUCAGCGGAGCCAGAGGAAAUCGAUCUUACCAAUGUGCCUCGGUGUAUAACAUCGACUCUGGAGUGUAUUGAGAUUAACAAACUGAUUAGGAAGGAAGCAACUGGGGUUAAACUAGUUCAUUAUUUUCUUGAGAAUUCACCAAUCCUUAAGAAACUCAAGCCGAGUUUCACAGAUUCUCCUAUGAGUACUAUGACCAAUCUACCGUUAGAUCAUCUCUAUAAAAUGUAUCUUACAGCCAGAAAGCGUUCUCGCAGAUGUCAAGUUAUCAUUUCUUAA